AUGAAUGCUCAGAGUGGGUGUGUCACUUGUAAUGAGGAGUCUGAACAUUUCGAUGCCAAACAUGAUGGAGAUUACUCAGAGUGUGAAGAUGCUCAGAUCCGACUGGCACCCCAUGUGCAGGCAUAUUUGGCACAUAAUAAUUCUACGACCAACUGUUGCGGCUUUGCUAUACCGAUUGCAUUUGAGAGAGCUGCUCCUGGCACUUGGUGGAAUCCCCGAUUUGACUCUGAAAUACUUGAGGGACAAUACAGGAGUAGUUCAUUCAAGCAGAUAAGAUUACGAUUUAGAUUUGCACUUUUGUAUAUUUUGAUAUUUUCUAUAUCGUGGUUUAUCUACUUUGUCGUCCUUGGCUUAAAUGGUGUGAAUGUGAAAUGGCCGUUUCUGUGUUCUAUAUUUGCCGGUGUCCUUCUUAUAACAUGUAUAAUGCUAUUUGUUACUUUUACAAACAUUUACAAAGUGUAUACAUCCAAGCUGUCUCUGAUCAUGGCACUUGCACUAUGUACAUUAAGUCUGUCUUUAGUGACACUGACCACGCAAAUAGAUGGUGAUUACUCCCAUGCAGCUGAUAUUAGCCAAUCAGGACAUUUUACUAUGUGUGUUGAAAUUUUAUUGAUUAUAUACACUUUAACACCUCUACCCUUGUUUGCCUGUGUCAUAAUUGGUCUCUUAUAUUCAACUGCAUUUGAAAUUUUGAACAUAGUUUUGCACCUGACUGAACAAGAAUGCCAAUUCCCUGGUAUGUUUGUGAGAAUCUUGCUCCAGCUGUGUGUGCACAUUAUUGGAGUACAUAUUUAUCUUAUGACGUUUGUAAGAAUGCGCGGUACAUUUAUGAAAGUAGGUCAAAGUCUACUUGUAAGGAGACAGCUGGAAAUGGAAAAACAACUGAAAGAGAAGAUGAUCCAUUCUGUUAUGCCACCGAAGCUCGCUAGUUGGUUGAUGGAGGAACAAGUUUUAGAAUCGGAAACAAACUUGAAAACUCACGAUCCUUCACAUCCGCGAACGUCGAACCCUGGCGCGUCGGACAUCAAGUCAUUGUUUAGACCUUUUAACAUGAGUUCAAUGGAUAAUGUAAGCAUUUUAUUUGCCGAUAUUGUUGGUUUUACGAGGAUGUCGAGUAACAAAGGAGCCGAAGAAUUAGUAAAUAUACUGAACGAUUUAUUUGAAAAGUUCGAUGAAUUAUGUUUGAUUCAUGGUUGCGAAAAAAUUUCCACAUUAGGUGACUGCUAUUACUGCGUGUCCGGCUGUCCCGAGCCGAGACCCGAUCAUGCAACGUGCUGUGUAGAAAUGGGACUAGGUAUGAUAGACGCAAUUCAGGAAUUUGAUAGAGAAAAGGGUGAGGGUGUGAACAUGAGAGUCGGCGUUCAUACGGGAACGGUUCUGUGCGGUAUUGUUGGGACACGUCGAUUCAAAUUUGACGUCUGGAGCAAUGACGUCACUUUCGCUAAUAAAAUGGAGUCAACAGGAAAGCCGGGACGCGUACAUAUUUCCGAAGAAACUAGUAAAUUUCUUGGAGGUUCCUACGUUCUAGAAGAGGGUGAAGAAAUUUUCGGUCAUAAAACUUACUUCAUUGAAAGCCGGCAGAUGAGCUCCCCAUACGAUCAUGAUCACUGUCCAACUUUCUCGAACCCAGUAAACCUUCGCCUAAUUAUAUCUCCCGCCAUUUCGCCGCAAUCCGUUUUAUCCUAUAACCACUCACCGCUGCCAAUAUCUGCAAAAACUAGCGAAUCAUCAACUGAUGAAAAGGAAAACAAGGGCGAUGCUAAAAGUCCUAAUAAUUUCCUUUCACCAAGUCCCUUUAAUUUCCGUAACAAAGCUAGUUCACUCCCUAGUAUUCUGGAUUCUGAUGCUGAAAUGGACGAACAAAAACGUUUUCCCGAUGGAACAGACAACUCUUCGAAGAGUCCAACGUCCGUAGGGAGCUGCGGUAAAUACACAAACAAAUUGAGAAAUUGGAAAGUGCCAAGGUUUUUAAGAAAGCACUCGGACACUCCAUUGCACGAAAUUAAAAAGCGAGAGUAUAGCGACAAAACCAUUCAGCUUAUGGAGCGAGGAGACGACACGCAAUUAAAUAAUGGUUAUCAACAAGUACCCAUAGUGAUAGAAUCUCAAGAAAAGUGUAAACCGAUGCAGAGUAACAGUAAGCUAAAUAUCCCCCAUAAUAACGAUAUGGUGUCAUUUGAAAAAGAAAUUAUAGAUAUUCGAUCAUAUUUGAGUCAGUCUAGAAGUAAUAUGUCACCCUUUGCUAGAAGUAGCAGCUAUAGAUCUCAAUAUGGAAGAACUAAUUUAGAGGUACCAAUAAGUCGAGCCCGUAGUUCGACACUAGCAACGCAAGGUGAAUUAGUUCGGCCGAAGACUCGUAAACUAAACUUACCUCUACCUCAAGCGCCACGUCAUCACGAUGACGUCAUCAGCCUAUGUCCAUCAGUCAACAGUCGCAAAGACUCCGGUAUUAGAAGUACUAGCAGAAGAUCUAGUAUUCAACAGCAGAUAUUUGCUCUAAAUCAUGCCUCGUUGGCCACGUCUCAAGCGGAUAUGAUGCAACAUCGAGUUUCUGGAUAUUACACCUCGAGUCAAUCUUCUGUAAACGAACCUACAUCUAGAACAAGGCUUCCUGCACCGUUGAAUGACGAGCAAGUUCGGUCACUACAAAAACUAAGAAAGCAGUCCGAUCUCCAGCUAAUCAGAUGUGUCCAAGAUAAUGCCAGAUCGGGAAUAAACUAUUUCGUACAACCGCCCUUAAACAGAAUGACUUUAUUCUUCAAAUUGCCAGAAAUGGAACGACAUUAUCGGGACAAAGCGCACAGAAGUGAUGACUGUGAAGACUUCCCCCCAACAUUAACCACUUCUCGAUUCAACACCGCCCUGGAUAUUAUGGUGUCCGCUAUAAUUUUCUUAGCUGUAUCCACAUCGAUAUUAAUAUUGUAUAAACAAUGGCGUUUUACGAUUGGAUGGUUUGUUCUGUUUCUCAUCAUAGAGGCUAUCGCUAUGGCGUUUUGCAUUUACAGACACUAUUUGAAAUGGAAAACUAAACACAAUCCUCAAAAUGUUACGAACGUCAUGAGGAGAUCGGUAAAGAUAUUUAGAAAACUUUCGAAUUGGUAUCCCUGGCACUUGUGCGGUAGUUUGAUGAUAAGUCUGCCAAUAUUAGCGAUAUUAUUAAACUUUUCUUGCCAAAAUACUACAAUGACUAUCUUAAGAGGGGAUCAAUCGUUUUAUGUGUAUCUUCUGUACGUUUGUAUAGUUCACUUUAGUAAUUUUACACAAAUGAACUGGCUGGUGAAAAAUACACUGGUCACACUCUAUGCCGGUCUUUUUCUCUUCUUUGCUGUACUCGGUUGCCACGAAGCCAAUACUCAAUUGUUAGACCGUAAUAUUAGCUUAAACUCCCAAGCUAUUGCUCAAAAUAUAUCCAUAUUUAAUAUGAUAAAUGUUACCUAUGAGAAUUUGAUUGAUAAUAACGGCACGUUUCGUUCCGAUACUAAAAAUCAUGAGAUGCAUUUGACAGAACUGUAUCUAGACGUCGCGCUUUUACUAAUAUUAGUGUGGUUUCUUAACAGGGAGUUCGAAAUUAGUUAUAGACUAAGCUUUUACAGUAAUGUGGUAGCGAAUCGAGACAAACAAAGAGUACAAAAUAUGAGGAACCAAGCCGAUUGGUUGUUGCAUAAUAUAAUACCUCGGCACGUUGCCGAUCAACUCAAGAAUACAGCUAAAUAUUCAGAGAAUCACAAGGACGUCGGCAUAAUAUUCGCGAGUAUAGUGAACUUUAACGAGAUGUACGAUGAGUCUUAUUUAAAAGGUAAAGAGUACUUAAGGGUUCUCAAUGAGCUGAUAGCCGAUUUUGAUGAAUUACUCGAAAGACCGGAAUUCCAGCACGUUGAGAAAAUUAAAACUAUAGGCAGUACCUUUAUGGCAGCUAGUGGUCUUAACCCUGACUUAAGGCACUCCUCGCGCGGUACCUACGACCACCUCUAUCAGUUAAUGGACUUUGCUUUAGAAAUGCAGAAGGUAGUCGAUAAUUUUAAUCAGGACCUACUUGAAUUCGAUUUCAUACUGCGAAUUGGUUAUAAUUAUGGUGACGUCACUGCCGGUGUGAUAGGAACCACUAAACUGUAUUACGAUAUAUGGGGUGACGCUGUGAAUAUAGCUUCUAGAAUGGAUUCCACUGGUAUAGCCAAGCGAAUUCAAGUAGGCGAAGCUUGUAUACCAGUUUUAUCCGCCAAAUACGAAUUCGAACCGCGUGGUAGUGUCUACGUCAAGGGUAAAGAUAAUAUGAACGUUUAUCUCGUCGUUUCUAAAAAGGACGACUAGAUGAAUUAAUAUUAUAAAAAAGUAGAAUCUGUGAUUUUUAACUAUUUAUAUUCUGAAUCGAUACAAUUUACAUGAUGAUUGAAUGAUGGGAAUGGCGGCAUACUAUUUAUUGUGUGGUAAAAUGGGCGCUUUAAAAAUACUCUGGAUAGGAAUCCUACUAAUUUAUUGUUGAGCUUUAUUAGGCAGCAUUCUAUGCAUUUAUCUAAUAAACUAUUACUGACUUUACAAAUAAAUACUAUUAACGUGUGCUUCGAAAUUCUUGCCUCUAUUUAUAAAACUGAACAGUGCUCUAGUCUGAAUAUGCUUGAUAGGGAUGAUACCAAACACAUUUUGACUAAUUUUUAUUUGAUAAUGAGCUUAAAUAAUAAAAGGUUGGAUCAUCCCUGUGUGAUGUGAUUUGUAUAUAAAAGAAUGUGCAAUCUACUCUAUGAUGCUCUAAAACUAUUUAUACAUUUUGUAUAUACUAAUAAAAAUACUAUAUUUUAUUUAACGCUGUGGCGGUAAUUCUAAAAAUAUUUAAUCGGUUUACAUUAAUACUAAUUUAGUAAUUUUAAGAUAAAUUCUGUAUGUAUAUAUAAAGGGUUUUUUUUUGUAUUAGGUCUUCGUACUGAUAUUCAAACUGAACAUUUUUGGGGUUCGAUGUGAUUAUUCUAAAUUUGAUUAAUAAAAAUUACCUUUCCAGAAACUAUAUUGCAAGGCGAUUUUAAAAAUUAUUUUUACGAGUAAUUUUCCAUUAGGAACGAUUUAAAUAUUGAUAAAAGUGACUGUUAAAUUCUAUAUUAGGAUCUCUAGUUUUAGUGUGUGGCAUGCGGAACAAAAGUUCUAACGGAAAUAAGACUAGGCAAUUCUUUCUAAGACUUGAUAGCAAAAUUAAGGAUAAAUAUUUAUGUAACUAAAUUUCAUAGUAAAAAUAUUGUUACUUAUAUGACAUAGUUGAUAAUAUUUAUUUAUUUACUUUUAUGAUACACCAACAACAAUACAUAUUGCUAGUUGAUAAAUAAAUAUUAGUUCGAUACAUUUCGAUGUUUCUGUGUUCAUAUGUAUGUAUGUCGAUAACGAUAACAAAGAUAUACACAACAUUGGACAAAAACUUUAGUGACAACCAGCAAAUGUUUAUUACAAAAUAAUGUUUUAUUAAGAAAAAAAGAAGAAAAAAAAAAACAGUAGAAAGAAUUGAAAUAUAUAAUAUAUAUUUGUAUUAUUCUUAUUAUUCAGUAAUAAUUAUCGAUAUAACAGAUCCAUUUAUAACAAAAGUAUGGUACCUAAAUGAAUUAUUAUAUAAAAUAAUUUAAUAUUAAUAUAGUAUUAGUACAAUAUAUUCUCAUGCAUACUUUUUUCAUGAAUUAAUUUGACAUACUGCUUGUUGAUACACGUUUCUGAUAUUUUAUACUGAUAACUAUUACUAUUUAUGAUGAUCUUAUGUCAAGUUCGUCUUUGAACUUUUAUAAAAGCCUUAUACAUUCCACUUGUAGUUAAAAAGCGUCUUCGAAUAACUUCCUACUAUUUCGUAUACUAAGAAGUACGAGUAACAGUUCCCUUUUGUUGUCCAAUUCAAAUUCCAACAUUUCGUUUGAUGAAUGAUGUAUAAUUAGAAUGAGAAGGCGUUUGAGAACUUUAAUAUGUAAACUGUCUAUGGUGUUCAUAAUAUAUUUAGAAAAAUUUCAUUAUGUGAUUUUUAAUAGUGAAUGUGAAGAAGUCUUUAUAUAGACGAAAGAAAAUCUCCAGUAUGUAGUUGAACUUAAUAUAAAGUUUGUAAUGAUUGCUGCCAUAUGACGUAUUGCAACCGAUUGAACUGAUAUGAAAGAAUGUUGGACCAAAUCUUAAAUACACUAAGGUACUUCGCUCUCUUUAUAUCUAUAUUUAAUACAUACGAGUAGUUGAUGUUCAAGUCUGGAUUGCAAUUAUUUACGUGCUGUUUACAACGUACAGCCGCUGUGACUAUGUAGUUAUUCCGUUGUACCUACUUUAUAUAUUUUUAAACAUUAAAACCAUUAUUUGUGUGAAUAAACAAAAAUAUUAUUUAAA